CUAAUAAUUUUCUCUAGAAAGUUAAGAUAACUCUGCGAGUUAUAGAACUUCUCUGUGGCUCGUACUGCAUGGGAGCGUUCAUACUAGGGAUGUGCUGAGUAGAAGGGGAGGCAAAUGUGAGAAAUAAUGCUUGUUCCGAGUGUGGUGUCCUGUGCUCUGAAUAAGCCCUGCUGUGUCUUUGAUGGUGUACAGAGCCUGUUCCAGACGCGGCUAGGUUUUUUUUUAUAGUAAGAAUAGGAAUAUUGGGGGUUCCUGCCAUUUUGUGGGGAAGUAUGUUCUGGAGGAUCAGAAAACCAAGGAAUAGGGCAUGUUUACAGAAAUUUUGGCCUGCUGAACCAAUUGCUGUUACUUUUGCUGUCAGUUUUUGGAUGAAUGCUUGGUAUUGUCUGCAGCCAAGGCUCCUGAAUGGGUUGCAACUGAUUUGUUCAACACAAGAGGGAGGUGGGCGCCAUGGAUUCCACACAUCGGGUACCCGCCUUUAUUUUUUUGCUGUGCUAUGUUGUUAGGAUAAUGGAAACUCCUGAGUGUGGCUUCGUCCCUGGCUUUUGGGACUGUAAGAGCUGGUGUAUUGUUUCUCUUUCUGUUACCUUGUUUCGUUCAUGGGCCUCUACGUGAUUUCUAUUAAUGGAAUCGGGGGAAAGCCUUCUAACAAAUACACUAUGUAACAGUCAAAACGUGGCGUUAUAUGCACAAGAAUAUCAUCCUGCCCCUGGCAUCCUAUGAUCCUACCUGAUGGCCUGAAGGAUGCAGCUUACAUGGUUCUGCUUGGGAAGAAGAAAUGAGAGGAAUCACGGAGAGCAUCGAUGGGAGCAGGCAAGCCCCGUCCAUCUCUGCUGCCGAGCGCGCCCCAGCCCCCUCGCUACGUCGCUCGUCUUCCUCGCGCGAGCGCCGCCACCGCAGGUUGAUCUCCCCUUCGAUUCUCUUGCUCCCGGCCGUUUCUCCUCCCGUCACCUCACAGAUGGAGUAGGCCCCCGUUUCAUCUCCUUAAUCCUCCCCAAUUCGUAACUGUGGCAAAAAAAAUCAAGGUAGGGUGGCCGCACUACCUUGCCCUACUCGGUCCUCCGCCCGUGAUCCAGAAUGCACCCCGCUAUCCCGGCUCCGCCGGGAAUCGGGAUCUGCCCGGCAGAUUUCCUUCCGUUUUUAUGGUUCCACCAGAAACUUUGUGUGCCUGGCCUCCUGAAGCGGCCGGCUGGGAGCCAUGGAGGUCAUGACUGACGAGCAGAUGGAGGUGCUCCGGAAGCAAAUCUCCAUCUAUGCCAUCAUCUGCGAGCAGCUCGUUGAGAUGCACCGCGCCCUCACCGCGCACCAGGACUCCAUCGCAGGAAUGAGGCUCGGGAAUCUGUACUGCGAUCCUCUGAUGGUUCAUGGAGGUCACAAGAUCACAGCGAGGCAGCGAUGGACACCAACCCAGAUGCAGCUGCAGAUCCUUGAGAGCAUUUUUGACCAAGGAAAUGGAACACCAAGCAAGCAAAAGAUAAAAGAUAUUACAGCGGAGCUCUCACAACAUGGCCAGAUAGAGACUAAUGUCUACAACUGGUUCCAAAACAGGCGUGCUCGGUCGAAGCGGAAGCAGGCUGCUUUCCUACCAAAUAACACUUGAUCGGAGGCCGAAGCGGAUGAGGAGCAGAGGAGUCCCCGACCAAGAAGAAGCCUAAGUCAGAUGGACCACUUAACCAGAACAUUUGGUAGAAGCUUUACCAGCUACUGAUACUCAAACAAUUCACAGAACCAAGCUGCAAAGCAAGUUUUGAAAUCGGAAUAAUUUGAAGCUCAUAAAAGCUUCCGUGCUUGACUCAAUUGUAUUACUUGAUGUCUUGAUGAUUGUUACCCCGCAGGCGAUGCUUCGGAAGUGAUUUUAGCCCAUUCAAUACAAAUGAGAAAUGAUGCCAGCUUAAUGUAUUCUCUUUCGGAGGCAUAACAAUUCAUUUGUUUAUAACUUCAUCUGGUUUCUGAACUCCCUUUUUAUCC